AUGAGGAAGUCGGACGUGACUGAGGACCGUAACCGCGGCAUGGCGGAAGUCAUUGGGUCCAUGCAGGGGGGAACCAAGUCGAGAGACGACAAUGACGGAAUCGAACCUUCCAGCACGAGCAAGGUUGACACGGCGCGUGCCGAUGAUGUAGUGCACAUACCCUUGCGUGCACCUCUAUCAUCAGAGGCGCCGUCAACCAUCAAGGACCAGCACAUGAUUCAGCUACCCGGAGACUGA